GUGGUCAUUGGCUGCCGUCUCCGCUCGGUAUGCCUUGAGUAUUCUCUCCGAAAGGGGCUUUAUUGUUCCUCUGUGUUUGAGGCGAAAUUGGUUUAGCUCCCGAAUCCACAUCCAAAACAACAAAACGUUAAAAUGGCCGGUGGCAAGGCAGGAAAAGACAGCGGCAAAGCCAAGGCGAAAGCAGUGUCUCGCUCACAGAGGGCUGGACUUCAGUUUCCUGUGGGUCGUAUCCACAGGCAUUUGAAGACCCGUACUACCAGCCAUGGGCGUGUGGGGGCUACAGCAGCGGUGUACAGUGCUGCCAUCCUUGAAUAUCUUACAGCUGAGGUGCUGGAGUUGGCAGGAAAUGCCUCCAAAGAUUUGAAGGUGAAGCGUAUCACUCCUCGCCAUCUACAGCUGGCCAUCCGUGGUGACGAGGAGUUGGAUUCCCUCAUCAAGGCUACCAUCGCUGGUGGUGGUGUGAUCCCUCACAUCCACAAGUCUCUGAUUGGCAAGAAGGGCCAGCAGAAGACUGCAUAAUCACCAUCAUCGUUGCCGUGGUGACCUAGACUCAAGGAUUCACGUUUGGACUGUGACCAGAUCAGCUUGUGUUCAUUUAUUCAUCCGUUUUUGUUUUAUUUUACUUUUCCUUUUUUAUUUUUAAAUUAAUAUUAAUGUUGUACUAGCUAACCACAAGUGAUGUUAGAUUGUGUUCUUGUUCUCCACAAAAUUAGUUUAAAAACUGAUCCCUCCGCCCCUCAAAGCUAUUUUAGAGAGACUUGCAGGAAUUGUGAUCAUCCUGUUGUGAAAGUGAAUUUGUUUAUUUGAUUGGCCAGAGUUAUGGAAGUGUUUUAUACUGAAAAAUGGGACUGAUAAAAAAA